AUGUUUUGGAACACACUUGCCGCCGUUGCGCUUUUGGGGCAGUCUGCCUCUGCGCAGAACAUGCUCCGUUUUGGCUGCUCGCAACUCACCACCGAGCGUGCUGACCCUCUCGUCAACCCGGGGCAAAUUCCUUCCCCUCAUACUCAUCAGAUUAUCGGAGGCAAUAGCUUUAAUAUUACGAUGGACCCAUCAAACCACGAUCUAGCUGCCCAGUCUACCUGCACAUCUUGCACAUAUUCCGAGGACUUCAGCAACUACUGGACCGCCUCUUUGUACUUUAAGUCGCCCGAAAAUGGCACCUUCCAGCGCGUUCCCCAGUUUGCCAAUGUUGGCCUUCAGCAGGACGGAGGAAUGACGGUGUACUACAUGCCUUACAGCGCCAAAAAUAACAAAGUGACGGCAUUCAAGCCCGGCUUCCGAAUGCUAGCAGGAGAUCCAAUGACCAAGAAAAACAACAGAAUCUCGAUCUGUCACCGCUGCCUCGGAAACGGCGAAGGCUUCGCACCAUGCGAUGCUAAGGACACUGGUGAGCUCCCAAACAAGUAUUGCCCUAAAGGUAUCCGAGCCACUAUCAUCUUUCCAUCAUGCUGGGAUGGAAAGAGUCUCGAUUCCCCAGACCAUAAGAGCCACGUUGCCUACUCCAAUAGUGGUGGCCUCGGUAGCCCAUCGUGCCCUUCGACCCAUCCCGUUGCUAUUCCCCAGGUCAUGUACGAGAUCAUGUGGGACACUGGAAGAUAUCAGAACAGCGCUUGGUACGGUACCAAUAAGCAGCCGUUCGUUUACAGCUUCGGCGACGGGACUGGAUACGGCCAGCAUGGUGACUACCUCUUUGGAUGGAAGGACGACUCGCUUCAGAAGGCCAUGGACGCUCUACCAACCGGCAAGUGCGCCAACGCCAACUGCAGCGUUCUUAAGGUACAGUCCGCUCAAGACGCUAUGAAGUGCAAGAAUUCUCAACAAGUAGUCGAAGACGUUGGUGCGAGCGGAAAGUGGAUUAAGGAGCUUCCAGGAGGCGUUGCGGUUACCUACGCAUAA